CGGAAGAACACAGACAGUUCGAGCGAGCUGUGGUUUUGACAAGCCCAAGUCAGAAACUGACCCUUUACUUUCGCUAAUCGGGCAGCAGAAAACCCCCAAAAAAGCCCGAGGCCGCUGAACAGCAUGGGAAACGCAGAGAGCGGCUGUGAAGGGGGUAGCGGCGACAAGGAGGACGUUGAAACCGAGAGCCCUGGGUUUGCAGGCGGCAGCCCGGCCUCUGGGGCCACGGGCGGCGGCGGCGGUGGCGGUGCUGGAAGUGGCGGAGGAUCUGGCACUGGAGCAGUCGGAAGGGGAUCGAAUAACCCUGCAGCACCAGGCUGUGGGCUUCCAACCCCUGGAGCUUUGCUAGAGCAAGUCAAACUGAGGGAGGCAACGGCCCGCAUGAGCGAUUCAUGGGUCGCCAUUUCCGAAUCGGUCCUUGCUCGGAACGAAAGCGCAUUGCUGCGGUGGCUGGAAGAACGACUUAGCCGUGGAGAAGAGUCAGUGACAGUGGAACAGUUCUGCGAGAUGCUGGAGAGCAGGGACGCUCCAAGAGAUGAGUGCGAAGAUGCCUUUGGGCAGUUUGAUGCUGAGGGAGAUGGCAUUGUGGAUGUAGAGAAUAUGCUGAUGGCUUUAAAGAACUGCAACGGGGCAAAUCUGCAAGGAGAACUGAGUCAUGUCAUCAGACAGCUUCAAGCUUGCUCUCUCACCCCAGGAUUUGUCGACAUCUUUUCCAAGUCGAAAGAUCGCCUGGGCGCCCAUGCAUCCAAGAUUCUUAAAUUCCUGCAUCGCAACAGAAUCCCCAGUAGUGCCAUUCCUUUCCCUGUUCUGGAGAGCUACAACAGCAUUUGCACCAUGCGCUCUUCUGUUGUACAGGACUACUUAGACUUUCUUCUGCAGAAAGAGAAGGACCUGGACAUCCAGUACAGAGCUGAGCUGAACCGAGACCCAGAGGUGGACAAAGUGAAAAUUGUCACUCAGUGUUACAGCCUCAUUGGCGCCUCGUCCAAUCUCGGUGACGUUUGUAAUAUGACAAACGGAGAAACCUCCUCAUUUUGGCAGUCGGAUGGAAGUGCCCGAUCGCACUGGAUAAGGUUAAAGAUGAAGCCGGACGUUGUGCUGAGGCGGCUGGCGAUCGCGGUGGCCUCAAAUGACCACAGCUACAUGCCCCAGCUGGUGUCUGUCGCGGUGGGAAAGGACCGGCACUGCCUGCAGGAGAUCCGUGACAUCCGCAUCCCCAGCAACGUCACAGGCUACGUGGCUCUCCUGGAGAAUGCUAACAUUAGCCACCCCUAUAUUCAGAUCAACAUCAAGCGCUGUCUCAGCGACGGGUGUGACACGCGCAUCCACGGCAUAAAGACCAUGGGCUACCAGAUCACUAAGAACAAGGAGGUGUCUGUGUCAGAUGCCUCUGCCAUUUGGUACCUGUCUCUGCUCACCUCCCUUGUGACUGCCUCUAUGGAGACCAACCCAGUGCUGGCGCAAACGGUUCUUCAGAGCACGCAGAAAGCCUUGCAGCACAUGCCUCCUCUGUCCUUAACUCCUUGCUCAACGGAGUUUCCCAAGUUCUUCUCGCCAAACAUUCUGGAAGAAGUGGAUGGGUUUCUCCUCAGAAUAGCAGACUGUUGUGUGAGUCCUGAGGCGGAGCUCACCCUACUGGCCUUUGCCUUGGCCAGGGGAAGUGUGGCCAAGGUCAUCCUGUCACUGUCCAGCAUCAGCGACCAUCUUGGCUCCGAGUACAGGGCGUCCUCUCUCAUCGCCUCCAUGGCUACGGUCAGACUCAAACUGCUCUAUAAGAACGGGAAGUCCAUUCAGCUGCACUUGCAGGCCUGUGACGUGAAGGGGAAGGAGGAGAAGUCCGGCCCAGAGAACAUGCUGACGGAACCUUCCAGCGGGGACGGGUUCCUCUCGGAGAGUGGAAAGAAGAAGGCCAGUAUAAUCUUAUCAACGGAGGACCAGACCAGUUUCCAAGUCACUCAGAUAAAAAUCAAAGUGCGCAAAGGAGCAAUUGGUGCCAAAUGCGGUCUAGUGUUUGCCUAUAACGAAGCAGACUCGUUUGACGCAGACAAACACUUCAGGAGGUUUAAGAAAUAUGAUUCCUGGGACUACAAGAACUACAAGGAAUUUGUAAAAGACAAUAAAUUUCUGGAGCUGUCAGAGGACGAGCCCAUUGGCUGGUUUGAGUUGGAGGACGACUGGAAUGACAUAGAGAUCAAGCUGCAGCAGUGUCGCAUCACCAAGUUCCUGAUGGUGAAGUUCCUGUGCCCGCGGCAGGACACCGCAGAGCGCCUGGGCGUGCAGCAGCUGAGCUUCAGCGGGUACCUGUGCCCCGGGGCGGAGCGACUGGACUCGGACGACCUGGCCAUGCAGGGGGAGAGCUCCGACUGCGGCCUCAUCACCGGCCUGGACCUGCUGAAGAAAACACUGGGCUUCAUACAGCAGCUGACACGAGACAUGGCCCUUCAAGAUAUGUCCCUCUUCAAACAGAAGCUGCUGCUGGACUUCAGUGGUCUGAACCUGCAUCUGUUCUGGAGCUUUUACAGUAAACUGAGGCAAAGCGAGGGCGAGGAGCCAAUGAAGGCGAGAGUCCUGCUUCUGCAGCUGCUGCAGAACUGCUUCCCGGUGCUGCCCAGUCCGGCGGAGAGCCAGAAGGCAGAGUCAGCCUCCUGCAGCUCAGCCUGCGACCCAGCAGAGGCUGUGUGGGCGCUCUACAGCCACCUGUGUCACUUAGUGGACAGUGCAGAAGGUGAGACCGCAGUGGAGAAAGCGCUGAGGAAAGAGGCGGUGAAGGCCAUUCUGAACGGAGCCGCCAUCUUCUUCCCUGACAAACAGAGCAGGAGGGACAAGCUUUUCGACAUGAUGAAAAACAUAACCGAUGAGGACCAGCCGGAGUCUCUGAAGCUGACAUUCGAGUCCUUGUGUAAUUACUUCAGUGACCAGGAUCCCAGCGGUCUGCUCCUGCUCCCCCCCAAAGGGGCCCCUGCGGAUUUUAACAUCAGCCCCAUCCUUGCGGUCAUGGACACCCUCCUCCAUGUGGCCACGCGAGAGUGCGAGGUGAUGAUGGUCGAUGCCAGCGGAGGUCAGUGCAGGAAGGUGCUGCUCUCUCUGUUCUGGGCCCUGCAGGGCAGCCUGCUCUCCUGGUGCUACCUGCAGCUCAAAGCAGGAACCCCCAUCGCUGCAGACCUGGCCAGGGACAUCCUUCUCAAGUACGUGGAGCGUUUCCUGGACAGCACCCAGGCCAUUCUGGUGUCCCUGCUCAAGGAGAACAGUGGAGCCAAAAUUGUGGAGAAGCUCAGCAGCUCCAUUCUGGCCAUGACUACCAGACAACUGACCAUCUUUCUGUUGGAGCUGUGCUCUUUGGAUAUCCCUCACUGCAUCUUGUUAAGAACCUGCUCCUCCCUGGUAGAACUCCUUAAAAAUGUCUUCAAUGACACCGAAGACAUUUUCUCCAAGGUGGACCUUGAGAACUGCCAACAUCCCCAGCAGCCUGUGGUGCUGAGGACCUGGAACAUGGAGUCUCCUCACAACUAUGAGAACAGCCGACACGAGACCACUGUCUUUGUUUGCCCAGGGGCCACGACCUUCAAAGUGGAGUUUGACGAAAGAUGCGAAACUGAAAUGAGAUACGACUACUUGGAGUUCACAGACGCCAGGGGCGGUAAAGUACGCUUCGACAUGAAAGUCGACACAGAGAAGUGGCCAAAGAAGGUAACGUUUAAAGCAGGCCCCAAGCUCCAGUUCCUGUUCCACUCGGAUAGCAGCAACAACGAGUGGGGCUACAAGUUCACAGUGACGGCCUAUGGUUUGCCCGACAUCACUGUGUCCUGGAUUUUUGACCUCCAGCUGCUGGUGUCCAGACUAAUGGGUCGCCUGGCCUCUCGAACCAUGGCUCUGAAGUCUCCACAUGAAGUCCGGUGUGUGAAGGAACUCCCAGCCGGGAAGAUGAGCCACGUGCUGGCGUCUCCCCUGUGGAAGCCCCUGUUCAGGCAGGGCCUGCAGGACGCUCAGGGAGAAAGUGACACUGCGCAAACGAACACGGAGGAACCCAAGGGGACUUCUUGUCCAAAGGACGACGUCGCGAGCUUCGUCAAGGAGUUUGCAGGCUGGGACCCCUCUAACACGUCCUCAGACUCCAGGACAGAGGUCAUGAAAUCCCUCAUGCUGGCCUGCAAGAAACAGCCAACCAGGAAUGAGAUAGCCGGGGGGUCGAAGGUCGACCAGGCUGUGAACGCCAUAUGGGCUGCCAUGGUGUACCACACGCCAGUUCUCCACAGCACUCUGAGGAGCUAUGUUGCCCGUGGAGGCCAGGCAGCUCUGAGUGAAGAGCUUGUGCAGGUAUACAAUCUUGCCGAGGGGAUAAAAACCUGGAUGCUGGAGAUGAAACAGAGGUACCUGGUGGGGAAGAUGAAUGUGCCCGAUGAGAAGGAGGAAGAUCAGAGUGAAGUGAAUAUGGAGUCACUGGCGGACACCUGCAUAGCAAAGAGCCUCCUGCUGUUCAGGUUCAGCCCCAGCGAUGUCCAGAGACAGGACAGCAUAACAGGCCGGGCCCAGGGCGGCGGACCCUCCCACCCUCUCCUGCGCUCGGCCUCCAUAUCCGAGGGGGACUUCCAGGCCAGCCCCUCUCUCCCCGGGUCCCAAGCGGCCGCCCCCACCGACACCAGAGGGGACACGGCGGCCCCCGAGCAGGGUCACCACCACUCCCGGAUCCAGCCCCAGAUCUCCUCCGCCUCCGACCCAGGCUCGGCCGUGUGCCUGGCCACAGGGCCCCACAAGGGCUCCUCGGAGAGCCUGCAGUCCCAGCCGGGGGACCCAGCCUCGCCCCCCGCCCUCACCCGAAAGGCACCCUUCAGCAAGGGCCGCCUGCGCCUGCUAUCCUUCAGGUCGAUGGAGGAGCCUCGUCUCAGCCUGUCCAUCAAGGACCGGUUCCCCCUCCUCAAACACAUCAUGAGCUUCAUGAAGGAUCAAGCCAUCACCGAGGCCAACGUCCUGCAGGUUCUGUCCCUGAAGAAGGCCCAGGCCCUGAGCGUGUGUGAGGCGCUGACAAUGGUACGGCAGUGUUUACGGUCCAUCGGGACGCCCCACCUUUUCCAGGCUCCCUGCAUCCUGUUUCUCCAGGAGCUGCUGGCCUGCCAGAAGGACUUCACCAGUUACUUUGCCCAGCUGUCUGGCAGUGGGCAGGAGCUGAGGGAGGAGGUGCGGAGGUCCUAUCACCAGCUGGUGCUCAUGCUAGUGGAAGCAGUCCAAGGCUUCAGCGCCCUGAAUGAGAAGUCCCUGCUGCCUGCGCUGUCCUCUGUGCAGACCUGCCUGCUCCACCUGCUGGACAUGAGCUGGGAGGCGCAGGACCUGUCCCUGUUCCUGGACAUCCGGCUCCCUGACCUCCUGCUCACCAUGUCUCAGGAGAACAUCAGCGUCCACGACAUUGCCAUCAGUCAGUGGACCGAAGACGACGAGAUUGCUGACUACGAGAGGAACUGUGAGUGGAUGGACGAAUGCCAGGACGGGAUGUUCGAGAAGUGGUACGACAAAAUUGUCCAGGCGUCUCCAGAAGACAGAAGAAAGAUGCACAUGUUCAUCGCCCGCUACUGCGACCUGCUGAACGUGGAGAUCUCGUGCGACGGCUGCGAGAGGAUCGCCCCCUGGCACAGAUACCGCUGUCUGCAGUGCACCGACAUGGACCUGUGCAAGACCUGCUUCCUGAGCGGAGCCAAACCGGAGGGUCACGAGGACGACCACGAAAUGGUCAACAUGGAGUACGCCUGCGACCAUUGCCAGGGCCUCAUCGUGGGGAGCAGGAUCAACUGCAAUGUGUGUGAGGACUUUGACCUCUGCUUCGGGUGCUACAAUGCCAAGAAAUACCCAGACAGCCACCUGCCCACCCACCGCAUCACAGUGUAUCCGAUGGUGACCAUCCGCAUCAGCGACCGCCAUAGGCUGAUCCUGCCCUACAUCCACAACUACUCGUGGCUUCUGUUCGCCACGCUGGCACUCUACACCUCUGACCUGACCAGCGAGAAGGAGCUGGAGGGAGAGGCCUUGGACUCCAGCCUCCUGGCUAAGGCUGUACUCCUGCAGACUCGCUGCUCCGAACUCAUCGCCGACUGCCUGCUCAAAGGGCAAACAGGCAAAGGUCUGAGGGCCUCCGCUCUGCUGUCCCUGCUGUCGCCCAAUGAGUCGGCCUCGGAGAGCGAGCUGUGCCCAGGGAGCCCGGAGUCCAGCCAGGAGCUGAGCACCACCGACACCUCCUCCCUCCCCGGGAGCACGGCGGCGGUCUGCUCACCUCCACCCCCCAGGGACAAGGUGACCGGCCCCUCCACCAAAGCCGCUUUACGCCUCCAGGUCCAGGAGCGAGAAUCGGCAGGGCCUCCCGAAACCCCCUCGGCCGCGGAGGGCUCCACUGAAGAGGAGGCGAAGAAGAAGCUCAUGUCCCAGGACACCCUGGACUCUGCCAGUCUCAGUCAGACUCCUUCUGUGUCCAGUGAGGACACCCUGUCGCCCGUGGUUAGAGGCUCUGAGUGCAGCGCAGAAACUGCAAUCACGCCGGUGUCUGAGAACCCGGAAGUUUCCAAAGAAGCAGACGAGAAGUCGGCCAGGGUGCCCCUCCAGGAGCACGUGUUUGCAGAGUGCUCCCGAGAGAGGAUUCUGGGGCUGCUGGCUGCCAUGUUACCUCCAGCCAAACCGCAGGGCUGCAUCAUCUCCCUGCGCAGCCUGAGCCACAUCCUCCCGCUGCUGUUCCGCGUGGUCAUCUCCAACGCCGGCUGCCUGAACGAGACGUACCACCUCACCCUGGGGCUCCUGGGCCAGCUCCUGCUGCGCAUCGCCCCGGCAGCCGCCGACAGCGCCGUCACCGAGGCGCUCGCCGACAAAUACGUGCUCCUGGCCCUGGGGGACGGGGCCCCCGACAUGCUGGGCUGGAAGACCACCCAGCUGCUCUUCAGCCUGGGGGCCGUCUGCCUGGACAGCCGCAUCGGACUGGACUGGGCGUGCUCAGUGGCGGACAUCCUGCAGGACCUGAACGCCUGCCCCCAGUGGUGCCCCGUAAUCGCCGCUUUCACGGACCACUGCAUCAGGCAGCUGCCUCGCCAGCUGAAACGCACAAACCUCUUCACUCUGCUGGUGCUCGUGGGCUUCCCUGAGGUGCUGUGCAUGGGAACCCACGCCAUCUUCAUCGACAACGCCAACGAGCAGCACAGCAUGAUCCUGCUGAAGCACUUCACCGAGAAAAACCGCGCUGCCGUGGUCGACGUCAAAACCCGCAAGAGAAGGACGGUCAAGGACUACCAGCUGGUGCAGCCUCACGACCAGGGUUCCCCGAAUCCUCUGGCGGACAAGCAGACGGACGGCCCGGCCCACCUCACCCGCUACCUGCAGAACUUCACCUCCAUCAGCAGCCAGCUCCUGCAGAGCGGGACGGACAGCACUGCCACGGACGCCGUGGAGGCCACCUGGGUGCUGUCGCUCGCUCUCAAAGGCCUCUACAACACCCUGAAGAAACACGGGGUGGAGGAGGCCCAGACGGCCAUUCAGCAGUCCGGCCUGAUCCAGCUCCUGGUGAGGAAGUGCAGCAAAGGAACGGGCUUCAGCAAGAUGUGGCUCCUCCGCGACCUGGAGAUCCUGUCCAUCAUGCUCUACUCCUCCAAGAAGGAGAUCAACUCCAUGGCAGAGGACGUGGACAUGGAGCCCGAGGACCGCGAGCAGGAGAAGGAGCAGGACUCGGACCAGUCCAGCUGCUGCGCCGAAGACCUGGACCCCAACCGGCCCGACCCCCUGGAGGGACUGGACGAGGAGACCAAGAUCUGCUUCCAGAUUACCCAUGAUGCCCUUAACGCCCCUCUGCACAUCCUGCGAGCCAUGUAUGAGCUACAGAUGAAGAGAACAGACUCUUUCUUCCUGGAGGUUCAGAAGAGGUUCGAUGGAGACGUGAUCAAAACAGACGAGACAAUUCGCACGCUGGCGCAGAAGUGGCAGCCAUCCAAGCGGCUCCGUACGGGGGAGAGGAGCACCAAGGCUGUGGACACAGACAUGAUCGUCAUGCCCUGUGUGGUGAGCAUGUCCAAACCCAGCCGCUGUGAGAAGGCCACAGAGGAGACCAACAUGGUGACCCAGAAGCUCAUCACCAACACGGAGAGCGACCUGCAGCUGAGCUACGCCAAGCAGCGGCGCACCAAGAGCUCGGCUCUGCUGCACAAGGAGCUGGACGCCCGCAGCAACAAGGCCGUGCGUCAGUACCUGUUCAAGGUCAACGAGGCCAUCGGCAUCCUGUAUGCCCGGCACGUGCUGGCCUCCCUGCUGGCCGAGUGGCCGAGCUGCACGCCCAUGAGCGAGGAGGCGCUGGAGCUGAGCGGCGCCUCCCACAUGGCCUACAUCCUGGACAUGCUCAUGCAGCUGGAGGAGAAGCACAUGUGGGAGAAGAUUCUGCAGAAGGUGCUGAAAGGCUGCAGCGAGGGCAUGCUGGGUAGCCUCUCUCUCACAGCCUGUCAGUUCAUGGAGGAGCCCGGCAUGGCCGUGCAGGUCCGGGAGUCUAAGCACCCUUACGACAACAACACCACCUUCGAGGACAAAGUGCACAUCCCUGGGGCCAUAUACCUGUCUGUGAAGUUCGACUCGCGCUGCUACACGGAGGAGGGCUGUGACGAGAUCCAGAUGGCCAGCAGCAGCGACUUCCUGCAGGACCAGCACAACUUCAGCGGCUCGCCCCAGAAGUGGACUGACUUUGAGAUCCCCGGGGAUACCCUCCAUUAUCGAUUUAUCUCUGACAUGAGCAACACGGAGUGGGGAUAUAAGUUCACAGUGACAGGGGGUCACCGGGGAAGAUUUCAGACAGGUUUGAUGAUCCCUGAGGUAGGGGGUGAUCACACGUGUCUUUUCUCCACAGGCUUCGAGAUCCUGAAGCAGAUGCUGUCUGAUGACCACACCCUGGGCCACCUGCCGUUGGCCGACAUCUGGGAGUGGCAAGUGGGGGUGGCUUGCCGCCAGACAGGAAACCAGCGCCUGAAAGCCAUCCACUUGCUGCUGCGGAUCCUGCACUGCCCCACCCAAUGCGGCUGUGACCUCACCCUGCUCCGCCCCCUGUGGCAGCUCUUCAGCUCGAUGGAGAGUGGGCUCAGUCAGGACCCCACAAGCAUUACCGUGCUGCUGCCUCUUCAUCGCGCUCUCACCGAGCUCUUCUUCAUCGCUGAGACUAAGGCCAUUGAGCAAGGCGUUCUCCAGGAGUACCUGCUAGCCCUGACGACCAACGAGCAGCUCCUGGUACACACCGCCCAGGCCCUGAAGAACAUUGCUGCUAUUAGCCUGGCCAUCAAUUACCCAAAUAAAUCAACCAAGCUGUUGAACAUGUCGCCAUGAGCUUGGGAACAUCCUCUUGGGCUAGGUCGGAUUUUUGAAGAGGACGGGCGUUAAGCAAAAUACCUCUUGAAUGUCUUCCAGUUGAAGCGGCCUGAAAAAGAGACUUUUAUUUUGGAAAGGGGUUCCAGCCAUGUCUGUGUUGCACAAAGCCGGUCGCUUCAGUGGCUCCCAAAAGGCUGACGUCACAGAAUUCUUCACCAUAAACAUGGCCAUGAAUAUAUCAAAAGGCAGUCGUAUCGAAGCAUGUGUUUUUCUGCUAGAAAGACCAAUCGGUCAUUUUUUUGUUUUUAAAAUUCUGUGGGCUCUCUAGAGUUACUGCUGCCCCAUGUUCAAAAGCCGACUACGUGCCAAACUGCCAAAUGUUUCGGAAGUUUUCCUUUUUCCCCCUUUGAAAAAACAGCCGUGGGUUGGACAAUCGAUCAUCGCAAAAGCAGGUCACCUUGUCCCUUUCUCUCUGUAAGCGAACAGGUACGGUAGGGGAACCUAAAAAUACUGUGCUCUGCUGGAGGGGGCCUCAUUAUUCAAAUCCUUGAGUGUUCUGGCCUUUCCUCGAGGCCUCAGUGGAGCCUCUGGAGAACAAGCAUUUUAGCCUGUGCACAAAUAACUAAACUUUUUCCUCAUAUGUGUUGUCCUCUUACCGAUAGUUGUAAAACAUUUUCGGUCCCCGUAACGUUUCAGGCAAGCGAUUGAAUCAUCUCCCCGAUUCUAUCGCUUGUGUAUUUUAAAACCGCUUGACGUUUUGGCGAACUUCCCUGCCUAAAGCUUAAAAACGUGCACCUGAGAAGCUUAUCAUUUUAGCCUCCGUGAGGAUCCUCUCCUAAGCUUCCUCCAUGCACAUACCGUGCCCUUGCCUCAAUGGGAAGAAAGGUGUCUGUCAGGGGGUUGGUCCAACAUGAUGAGUCUUAAUUUGAGCGCCUAAGUUGGGUUCUGCAAUGGUGAGGUUGUGAAAACACAUCCCUGGUUGACACUGCUAUCGCUGACCUCCCAUUGACGCCGGCUAGUUAUGGUUUCACGUGAUAGAGCGCAGUCUGGCUCUUGACUGACAGGCCGGACUUCCACACGUUUCAUGAAAGACGGUGUUGUAUUAAUCACAGUCGGGCGUGAGGCUUUCUUUCAGGUUUGUUUCCUCAGGUGGGUUGAUACUCAUCUGCAUGGAGAGCUUACCCUACAUUUACAGGUGCAGAAGGGGAAAUAUGGUAGUAGAAUUCUGGUAGUAGAAUAUGGUUUGACUGAACUCACUGUAUUUUGAGAGUGGCUGAUUGAGUGUACUGAAGGAUUUAGAAAGUAUGCAGAACAGUAAUGAAGCCGGCUGUAUGGAGAGUGUGUUUCUGUAUUGUGCAAUUUUAAAAUAGUGCCCUUUUGGGAUGCCAUUGACUUGCAGGGAUAAAAUAUCAGUAUAGUCGAGUUGCUUAAUGUAAAAUUUAUUUCAUUCUGAUCACCGGAUAACCAUGCAUGUUUUCAGUAUAUAUAUAUAUAUAUAUAUAUAUAUAUAUAUAUAUAUAUAUAUAUAUAUAUAUAUAUGAAUAUUUGUAGAUUAUUUUAGAAUUGAUUUUGACCUUUCUUUUCUUUUUGAGUAGCCUAUCCUGAUCCAAGAAUCUACUUUUAAAGUGGCUAUAUUAUAACACUUCUGAUGACUAGGAUGUGGUUCUACAACAAUGACAUGAAUUAAAUUAUGUUUAGUUUGUGUGGCAUGGGGAAAAUGAUGAUGAAUGCCAAAGAAAAAAUAUUUACUGUCAUUAUAUUCAACUUGAAAUGUUCCAGAUGUUUCCAUUCUAGACACUUUAUUGGUCAUCUGAGAUUUUUCCUUUGAUUGCAUAGAAGGAAGUGGGAGAGAACUUCAUACUCAAUUGUUUUGUUUACACGAGAACCUACCUUGACAUUGGCGACUUGGAAUUCUCGACAAGAAUGUUUGACGUUCUGCACCGCUCAUAUUUAAAAUGUGCCUAUGGUUAACAAAGCAAUUCUAGUUUAAUUUUCAUAUUGUUAUAAAAAUAUUUUCAUUAAUCAUUUUUAAAGAGAAAUAUAUUGUUUAAUUUAGGUUUUUCUAUCUUUUUAUUUUAAGCCAGUUUAUAUUGUGAGUAUGCUACGAUUGGGGUUGUUUUUGUUUUAUUUUUGGAUGAUUUUGGAUGUUUGAAAAUUUGAAUGUACAUAGUUGUUAAUAUUGUUUAAUGCAGGCGUAAAUAAUACAAAGUUUAAAAAAAGCCUUUUCAUACUCCCAAAUGUCAUAAUUAUAAUAUAUUGUUUUGGUGGCACUGCUAAACAAUUGAUCCUUUGGAUUUUGUAUGUAAUGUCACAUUAGGAAAAUACUGACUGCUUAGGUUGACUUUCAGUUUUUAAUUAAAAUGCCGUUUUGAUGCACAGA